AUGACCUUUCCAACGUACACCUACCUGUUGAAAGUGACCUUAGCAUUGCGACUAUUUUCAGCAAUCAAACCAGAGGCUACUAGUGUCAAUGUUCAAAACCUUACCCAGCUUCAUCCGCUUUUAAUCCAACGCGCUAAGUUAUUACAAGACGAGCAUAAACAGCUUGGUACUCAAUUAGAAAGCUAUAAUUUAGAAAUUCAAACGAAAUAUGACCGAUUAUCCCAUAUUCUAGAUAAAUACACUAAAUCCAAUCAACUAAUAUCUGAAAUCGAGGAGCUUUCGAGUAUUAAAGAUCCUGAACUCUAUAAAGAUGCACAAGCUGAAUUGAAAUGUUUAAUCCCCCGGUAUGAAAAGAUUAUUGCGGAAUUGAAGAAUAGGCUUUUGCCUCCAAUGAAGUACUCCGAUAAAGGGUGUAUUAUUGAGAUGAGACCCGGCGUUGGUGGCGGCGAAGCUAGUUUGUUCACCGAUGAUUUGAUGCACAUGUAUAUAAAUUUUUGUUUGCAUCGAAAUUGGAAGUUUCAAGUUGUUUCAAGAAACACAAACUCGCUGGGUUUCUUAAAUGAGGCCAUAUUGAGGAUUGACGAACCUGGCUCAUUUGAUAUCUUACGUCAUGAAAGCGGUGUUCACCGAGUUCAAAGAAUUCCCGAGACAGAGUCGAAAGGGCGAAUCCAUACUUCGACUGCAGCAGUAGUCAUUUUGCCCAAAAUCAGCGAUGGAAACGAACAGUCUUUGAAACAGGAUGAAAUGCAAUUUGCACCUGGAGAAGUUAGAAUCGAUACGAUGAGAUCAAGUGGUAAAGGCGGACAACAUGUUAAUACUACAGAUUCUGCAGUGAGACUAGUUCACAUCCCCACGGGGAUUACAGUUAUGCAACAAGAUGAAAGAUCACAGCCACAAAACAAAGCCAAGGCAUUUGCCAUUUUACGAAGUCGAUUAGCUGAACGUGAAAGGAUCGAAGAGUUGGAAAGACAAAAGCUGUUGAGACAACUGCAAGUGAGUACCACUGACCGUAGUGAUAAGAUUCGUACAUAUAAUUAUCCCCAAAACAGAAUCACCGAUCACAGAUGUGGUUACAGUUUACAUGAUAUAGAUGGGUGUAUGAAGGGGGGGAAAUUGAUGGAUCUUAUUGAAAAGGUGAAAGAAGUUGAAUAUAAUGAGAGAUUACAAGAUAUGUUGGAAAACCUGACAUCGACACUAUCGACACUUGGAGCAGCACUGACUAGUGACAACAUCUCCACUAGUGACACCAUCUCCACUAGUGACACCAUCUCCACUAGUGACACCAUCUCCACUAGUGACACCAUCUCCACUAUCUCCACUAUCGAGCAAAGAGAGAGGUGGUUGGUCACAGUAACUGCCACAGACACUAUCGACCAACACUAUCAACUAACACUAUCUCCACUAGCUGCCACAGACACUAUCGACCAAUACUAUCUCCACCAUCUCGCUCUGCUCGAUAGAAUACUGGUCCCACCAAUCAAAAACCAUGGGAGUAACGAAAAAUCAAAGUCAUCCUUAACAAAUUUACAAAAUUGUAUUUCCUAUGAAGUAUCAGGCAAGGACAUUGUAUUCAUCACUAUAAGUUCAGUAGACAACUUGAUUUCCCAGAGUUUGAAUUUGUUGAUAUUGGAUGAUCUGGGUAAUACCUUGAGAAGUCACCAGAAUCUAGGUAAGUUCCAUCGCACUUUGGAGUUGAUUAUUGCAAAUUCCGAUGAUGUAAAUAGUUUUGUUCUUGAACAGCGAGAUGGUGAUGAUGAUGAGCAGCAGCAGCAGCAGAAGAUAAAAAGGAGUAAGUUGAUUCAUGUGUGUUUUGACAACAUAUAUAAUGACUUAUCGUGGAGUUUCCAACCAAAGUAUUUCGACCUUAAUAUGCAAGUCAAUAUCAAAAAUGAUAUCAAAAAGACAGAUUAUGCAAUAUAUCGACAGUUCUUCACAUACUUGGAAGAAGGUAAAGAAAGAGUUGUUAAUGGAAAUGAAAAAGAGGUAGAGGAGCUGGAAGAGGGGGACGCAAUAAGUGCAAUAGGGUUUGAUACCAAGAUGAAUAUGGUUCAAUUGGAUUUGGAAAAUGUAGUUGAAAAAUUGCAACAACUGGAAGAAACAUUAAAAGAACUAUUAGAACAAGAAUUUAAACUAAGAGAUGCUAAUGAGGAAAUCUUUAGCGGGUAUACUUUCAUUAUUAUUGUAUUGUGCUCGACUAUUUUCAUUUGUGGAUUGAUACAAUUGAUAUAUUUCAAGUCAUACUUGAAGCGUAAAAAGAUUGUUUAA